UUAACAUUGCUUUUAGGAUUAAUUAACGAACUUAAUCAAUUAGCUAGUAAAAUUAAUGAUUUAAUCAUGUAAUUUUUAGUGUAAAAUUUGGAGUUUGUUUUUAAUAUUCAGUUUAUAAUAAAUGUAACGCUUUAUUUUUUAUUUGCUGAAAAUAAAAUUUCAACAUAGUUGUAAAGUUUGAAAUAAAAUACGUGUUAAAAGACUGUUUUAUCGUCUUUAUGAAAUUAAUACAAGAAAUUUAAAUUGUAAAUACUUUUUGAAGGAAUGGUGAUAAUGUUGAUAAAAUAAUCAACUAGCUAUAUAGCACGUUGAACAUUUAAUGUUAAAUUAAAAACAACAACAACAACAACAACAACAACAACAACAACAAAAAACAAACAUUUGGAAUCAAAAUACCAAUGUCAAACACUCUAUUAUACACGGUUUAUACAGUUCUUUGUUUUUGCACAUGCGUAAACAGUGCGUGUACACCAGAGUCUGUGAAAGAUGACCUUGACCAAUGUUUAAUGAACAAUCAAAUGUUGUCGUACUACAUGUUCCCAAUUGUCUCGGCUGACAACUACAGGAAUCUUUGUUUUAACACUACGUGCCUAACGUACUGUAUGGAACUUGUAGCGGAACCAUGUAUGUCGCAUGAUCAUACUGUUCAUAUUGGUAACGGUGACGCAUUGACGGCCGCAUAUCUAGGACUGUGUGACCAGAUCGAGUCUGAGGUCACGGACGCUUUAACUUGUGGUUACUCAGUUGUGAACCAGGACGCCUUGAACGCUAUAAGUACGUUCCAGACGUCACUUGAAAGUUCCUAUGCAACUAGCACUGAGAACACAACAGUGAUCUGCUCGGAAUGGCUGACCCUUAAAGGGACAUUAGACACAUUGAUAAAUGGAGCGUGUUCAGGGACGUCUCUAACACAUUGGCAAAACUUUUUAAACACGGUUUCUCAUAAGUGUGACAACGGUCAAUCGGGUACAUGGUACACAUCCUAUAGACAAACAGCAAACGACAGAUGUUCUGGAAGUGGACGACUAUUUCCUAAAAUAUACUUUAUGUUGUUGUUUCGGGCAAUAUUUUUAUAUUUCAUAAUAUAACAGUUAUUACAAAUACAAAAAAAAAAAUCCGGACAUUGUGUUUAACAUUAACAACAAGCGUGGCGAAUGUACAAAUAUUUCAAAAAUAUAUUUAGAAAAUAGAUAUCAAUUCUGAGUGCAUUGUUGUUGAAUAAUGCACGGUUUGAGUUCAAAUGCGUAGUAAUAUAAUCACGAAGGCCGAUAGGCCUGAGUGAUUAAUUACAAAGCAUUUGAACGAAAAACGUGCAUUAUUAUACAAUAAUGCACGAAGAAUUAAUAUCUAUUUCCAUUCUAACACGUCAAGAAAAAAUAUAAUUAUUAUUAUAAAGAUGGACUUUAUGUUUGGUGGUUAAAUUUGUUUUCGCCUGAGAGUUUCCCAUAGAAACGUUCUUUAAAGGCUGUUCCAGUGGGUUAAAAAAAACUGUCGUUAAAUCUAUCGUGUGUAGAAACAUUUUGAGAAUAACGAAUUUUGAAAACGUUGGUAAAAUUUUGUUUGUUUAUUUUAUAUC